AUGCACCAUGAUUGCUUGCCUCCAAUUGUUCAUCAAGACACAUCAAGCAAGAAUAUCUUGAUGGAUUUAGAGCAUGCUGCUUAUGUCUCCGAUUUUGGCACAGCUAGAAUAUUGAAGCCUUACUCUUCCAAAUGGACUUCAUUUGCAGGCACAUUUGGAUACACUGCUCCAGAGUUUGCUUACACAAUGGAAGUGAAUGAAAAAUCUGAUGUCUAUAGCUUUGGAGUGUUAACUUUGGAAGUGAUCAUGGGAAAGCAUCCGAGAGAUCUCAUGAUCUCAGUUCUCUCCUCGACAAUAUCAACUGUGCUUAAUACACCGUUGACGGACAUUUUGGACCAAAGGCUUUCACCUCCAAGAGAUCAAGUUGCAGAGAAAGUGACGUUUCUUGUGAAGCUUGCAUUUUCAUGCUUGCCAACCCACAAUCUCGGUCUACCAAGCAACAGGUUUCCCAGGAGCUAA